CCCAUUCUCACACCCUCUCGCCCAACAUGGCUACCGACCCGAGGAAGCGGAAAGCGGGUCCCGAUCAGCGGGACGGAGGUAACAGGAAGAAGUCCAAGGGCAGGCAGAAAUGGACAGUUCCAGGUGGCGAGAACCGAGGGAUCCAACCUGGCGACACUGGUAUCUGGGUGACAUGCGCCAUGAACAAAGAAGCACCAACAGUUUCCGACCUGCGACAAUUGUUCGACAAGUAUGCGUCACAGCUGUACGAUAGUACCCUGGAAGCCGAGGCAGCUGAGGGUGAAGAUUCUGAAGCAAGCGAUGUCGACAUCGAAAGUGAGAUCAAGAAAGAAGUUGAAGGAAUCCGAAAACCGAAGGUGGAGCCGCUGUUCAAGAACAUCAAAUUGCCUGGGCAAUGCUUGAUAUUCUUUAAAACUCGCUCACCCGUUGAGCCCGUGUCAUUCCUCCACAAGAUCUGCCAGGAUACCGCAGAUGGCAACGAGCCUCAGCGAUGUCGUUUCGUGAAGAGGCUGACGCCGCUUUCGGCCAUUGGUAAAGUCGCAGGAAAUGGCCUGAAGGACGUUGCUACCGAGGUCCUUGCUCCGCACUUUCAUGGGCCCGAACAGACCGGGAAAAAAUUCGCCAUUCGAGUCAAUAUCCGAAACAAUAAACAGAUCUCCCGCGAUGAGAUUAUACAGCAGGUUGCAGCCCUCGUCGGCAAGGGCCACAAGGUCAAUCUUUCGGAUUACGAUCGAUUGAUACUCGUGGAAGUUUACCAGAGUGUCAUAGGCAUGAGUGUAGUGGGCCCAGAUUACGAUAAGCUCAAGAAAUACAAUCUCGCCGAGUUGCGUGACAAUACAAUUUCCGGGUAUCAGAAGGAAGUAGCAGACGACAACACUACCCCUGAGGGUCAGAAGGAGGUAAAAGAUGAUAACACCUCCAAGGACCCAGAUGAACUAGCAGUCGGUAACGCCUCCAAGGAUCAGGAGAGAGCAACACACGAAAAUGCUGUCUCACAGGAUCAGAAGGAAUUAACGGAGAUCUAACUUUGUCGAAUCACAGAUCGACCAAGUCGACAAGAUGCCGUGGCUCCGGCGUCGGGCGUCUUCAGCGGUAGCACAUCCCGCGCUGGAACACCUGAAACUGAACAGACCCGGGUGGAUGUUAUUGCAGGCUGCAGGGGCCAUUGUACGAGGGAAUCCCACUGAACAGGAUACGACACCACAAAAGCACAAAUGAUUCCAAGAGACUGGCCUGACAUGUUCACCGACGUCGUCUCCAGAAGUUCGGGUUCCGCCAAGGUCAUCGUGGCGUUAAAAGUUCGAUGGUGGCCGCUUGGUGACCGCUUGGUGAGCGCGCGUUCAAGCGAUUCAAUUCGCUUAUUGGGGUUCAGCUGGAGGAGAUGUAGCGGUGUACAAUAUCCCCAGGUCUAGCACGAAUAUCAGCCUCAAUCCAGAC